AUGGUCGCCAUCCUACACGAAUUGGUCCCUCGCUCCGAGGGCGAUGGUCAUGCUCGUGGCCAGAGAGCAAUGGUGGUGACAGCGGUUCUCACUGGAAUAGCUGCGCUGAUUGUCGCCUUGCGGUGUUACGCACGAUUUGGACUGAUGAAAAUCACCGGCCGGGAAGACUGGGCUAUUCUGGGCGCUCUGAUACUAUCAUUUGUUUAUUGUGGACUCGUCGGUGGUCAGCUUCACUACGGCAUGGGAACCCAUGAGAGUUAUCUCUCAAAACAUGAGGUGCAGCAACAAUUAAAGUGCUUGUGGGCCGCUAUCCCACUAUACAACGCCAGUCUCGGAUUCACAAAAUUCUCCAUUCUUUUCCAAUACCUCCGCAUUUUCCCCGCUCGCUGGUUUCGCACUGCCUGCUAUGUUAUAAUGGCGAUUGUCGCCACAUACUCAACCUGGGCCGUCGUCAGCGGCUACGUGAACUGUGUACCGGUCGCCAAAUUCUGGAACCAUGAUUUACCGGGCCACUGCCUCAGCUUCGACGCCGUCUGGUUCUUCAACGCGUCGAUGAACAUCGCAACCGAUGUGACUCUCCUUCUACUUCCAAUGCCACUGCUCUCCGCGCUCCAGCUUCCUCGCCUGCAGAAGGUUGCGCUUAUGGGCGUCUUCGCUAUUGGUAUCCUUGUCGUUAUUACCAGUAUCCUCCGUCUCUCCAGUCUCCGCACCGUCGCUAGCAGCACAGAUACGUCCUACAGCAACGUUGGAGCAGCCUACUGGACCGCUGCCGAAUGCAACGUCGCCAUCAUCUGCGCCUGCCUUCCUUUCCUCCGUCCCAUCGUUAGCGUGCUCUUUCCCAAGCUUCUUUCCACGAACAGCUACAACCGCUACACGGGCAAUGAUCCCAUCACUCCCAUCGCCAACCGAUUUACUGGCCACCGUUCGGCGCGACAACAGAGCCAACUAUUCAGUCAGAACGAGGAUCGGGACUAUGAUGUUUAUUCAAUUAAUGUCAAGCCCGGUGAUCGUGAUCGGUCGAACCGAAGCUCACUUGGCGGUAUUGAAGUUACCACUGAGAUGACCGUCAUGCAAGAGAGCACCAAGCAUGAUGAGAAUAUCAGCGAGCGAAGGCUCGUAAUGGACUCUUGA